UUCGGGGAGUUUUGGGGUGGAGGGUCGGGUGGGGGGCUUCGUUCCGGUGCUCCUAACAGCAGGUCUCCAGUCGCAGGGCUGGCCCCCGUGGACGGCGGCGUGGUUCAGUUUGCUAGGAUGAUUAAGCUGAAGACGGGUAAGAACCCGCUGGCUUACAACGGCUACGGCUGCUACUGCGGCUUGGGGGGAACCAAACAACCUCUGGAUGCGACAGACUGGUGCUGCCAUGCCCACGACUGCUGCUACAGCAGGUUGAAGUCGUCAUCCCCUGGCUGUCAUCCCACCCUGGUCCAUUACACGUUCUAUCUCCAGGGAGGCCGGAUAGUCUGCGAACCUGGAAAUUUCUGCCAAAAAACAGCCUGCGAGUGCGACAAGGCAGCAGCAGAGUGCUUCAAGAGGAACCUCGGGACCUACAACAAAAGCUACGACAAUUACCCGAACUUACGGUGCAAGGGCUCACGUCCCCGCUGCUAGAGAAGCCAGCCUUGAAAUCAGAUGGAAAUGCUCUAAAUUGAGAUUUCUUCUCCUGCAGUGAGAUGAAGUAAGGCACAGCUCUGGCCCCACUGCACCAAAAUGUCAUUUGGAGGCCAGUCCCUGAACAUGCACACAAGGAAAGCCCACCCACUCCUUGUAAUUCAAUAAAUCGUGAAAAAAAAAAAAA